AACGCGCGGUGCGUCAUGACGUGGCGCUCGGUGACGCGCGGCCUGCCCCCGGGGGCGGUGUGGCCUGCGGCGGCGGGACGACGGCGGCCGCGGGCGAGGGGCCGAGCCCGGCGCCCCUGAGGGAGCGGGCCGCAGGAUGCCGGGGCUGGUGGUGUUCGGCAGACGCUGGGCCAUCGGCAGCGACGACUUCGUCCUCCCGGGGGCCUUCGAGCUCCUGGUCCGGCUGGUGUGGUGGAUGGGGAUUCUCGCGCUGUACGCGGUCCAUAAGGGGCAGUUUAACUGUCCCGGCGGAGGGUUGCUGCACAGCUACCUGCUCGUGCUCCUCGUUCUCCUGGCUUCCAUAAUAUGUGCGUUAUCGGCUCUUGUAUACAUCAGUAUGCAAGGAACAAUUUCUAAUCCGGGCCCAAGAAAAUCACUUCCCAAGUUACUUUAUACUCGCCUCUUUCUCUAUUUGCCUGAAUUCGUCUGGGCUGUUGUAGGAGCUGUAUGGGUGUCAGACAGCAGUGUGCGCUGCGAGAAGGCUGUGAUAAAUGCCAUCAUUGGGACGGUUAUUGCAAGCUGGGUUAUCAUCAUCUUUACCAUCAUUGGAGUUGUAAUCGUCUUUGAUCCACUGGGGGGCAAAAAGACAUUUUACCUCACCGAUAGCGUAAAUCGGAACCUGGAAAGCAGUCAGUCAGGGCAGUUGCUGUAUAACGUGAAGAAUACUGCCACCAGAGUCUGGGAAAAAAGAAUCAGGUUGCUGUGUUGUUGUAUUGUGCAAGAUGAUGACCAUCGAGUGGCUUUUACAAGUAUCGCAGAGCUUUUCCGCGCCUACUUUUCAGACACUGAUCUGGUGCCCAGUGACAUAGCAGCUGGUUUGAUUCUGCUCCAUCAAGAGCAAGAUAAAAUGGAAAGUUGCCCAAAAGAGCCUGAAGAAGUCCUGUGUCAUUCUCCAUCAUCUCUUGCGACAGAUGAUUUGGAUGUCGAACUGGAGAAUGCUGCUCACUAUAUGCUGUUUGCUGCAGCUGCUUAUGGCUGGCCCUACUACAUAUACACCAACCCGUUGACCGCACUCUGUAAGCUCAACGGUGACUGUUGCGGAAAUAGACCAACAGAUUCUGAUAUAACUGGCAGUGAUCGUCAUAACUUUCACUUUGGAUCCAUCCUAAAAAUAACAGGACUGCAGUACAGAGACUUCAUUCAUAUCAGUUUUCAUAACAAGAUCUAUGAGAUACCAUUUUUCGUUGCUUUGGAUCACAAAAAAGAAGCUAUUGUGGUUGCAGUGAGAGGAACCUUGUCUUUUGAGGACAUUCUCACUGAUCUGUCAGCAGAUUGUGAAGACUUGACACUGGAGGAUGUUUUGGAGAAUGGCUUUGUGCAUAAGGGAAUAACUCAAGCUGCAAAUUACAUCUAUCGAAAGCUAAUAAAUGAUGGAAUUUUAAACCAGGCUUUCACAAUUGCUCCAGAAUAUAAGCUUGUGAUAGUUGGUCACAGUUUGGGUGGCGGAACAGCUUCUAUAUUGGCGAUCAUGCUCAGGAACUCUUUCCCAACAUUGAGAUGUUAUGCCUUUUCUCCUCCAGGAGGACUUUUAAGCAAAUCACUUGCAGAUUACACUAAGCACUUCAUUGUUUCAGUCAUUGUUGGAAAGGACCUCGUUGCAAGGUUAAGUAUGCCCAACAUGGAGGAUUUAAAGAGGAGAAUAGUGAGAAUCGUGGCAAACUGCAACAAACCCAAGUACCGGAUUUUGCUGCGUGGAUGUUGGUACGAAGUGUUUGGGGGAGAUCCAGAGAACUUCCCCACUGAGCUGGAUGGUAGAAGCCAAGAUGCACUCACCCAACCGCUCCUGGCUGAGGAGAGUUUAAUGGUUCAUCGGUCACCUUCAUACAGUGCCCUUGAGGAUGAAUCGCACUUACAUUCACCACCUCAGUAUCCUCAUCUGUAUCUUCCUGGAAAGAUUAUCCACAUUGUAGAAGAAUCCAGCUCUAGGAGGUUGUGCUCUUCAGAUAGUAAAUACACGGCAAGAUGGUCAAACGAAGCAGUCUUCAGCAGCAUUUUAAUAAGUCCCAAGAUGAUAACAGACCACAUGCCAGAUGUUGUGCUCAAAGCUCUGAACAGUUUGUCUCAGGAACACGGAUCGUGUAUUUCUUGUCAAACACGAGAAUGUAACACCAACGUAGUCUAACUGUAGCUGGGAGAGGAGGUGUGGUGGGUUUUUAUUGCAGGUUUCAAGUACUCAGGACACAUUCCACUUUCAUGCCUAAGUGGAUUUCCGUACUUUCUCACAUUGCAUAAAAUAAACAAGGGUCUUAAUGCCCUUGCCUCUGCAGCGACCUCGAGUACCAUGAUGCUGGUUAAAAGCACAGAGUCUGCAUUUAUGCUGAAGGUUGAGCUUUUACAAAAAAAAAAAAAAGGGAAGCGCACGACAAGUUGUAGCUAAACCUGUGGGCGCUGGCGCACGAGCCGAGGCGGCAGCUGAAUACUUGACCAAAGCGAGCGGGUGAGAGCUUGGCCUGCGCGUCACCGAGCCCUCGCAGCCAUCAGCAACAGGAACAGCCGGGUCUGCUGCACCGGCGCUGCGCCCCAUCGUCUCGGCGCCUGUCACCGGCUGUGCCGAGGAGCCGGGGCGGGAGGGGGGUGCCUGAAGAAGACGGCGGUGGCGGGGCGUGCGGGCAGCUGCCCGCGCCCGUGUUUGGUCAGGCAGCGCUGAUUGAUUGAUUGCACUGUUUUUCUUACAGAUGGUGGUAGUAUCCAGGGGAGGGAGUGUGUUGUGGUUAAAUGCUGCUUGGAUAUACAUGUGCAAUACUCUUUAAUCUACCUGUCUUUUGUAUUUGUUGAUCCACGUGACUACUUUUAUUCAUUUCGAACUAAACUUGUAUUAUAACUACUUAAUGAGAAGAAAAAAACAUUGUUCAUGCCCUGGCAUCAUCUUAGUCACCAGCUCUAGCUCUGAGUACUGAGAACACUGAGCCAAUUCAGCCAAAAAAAAAAAGGUAUGACGAGUUGUACUGAUUUUAAAAAAGUGGCAUCCCUGUUUCCAGUGUGCAACUAUUUUAACUUUUUUUUUUUUUUAAGGCUCAGCAGCAUUUCUUAUUAAAAAAAAAAAAGGUAGAAAAAUGUAAAAGUAAUAACUGUGUGGAUGUUCUUGCUGUGAUACUUAACUUGGCGACAAAAUAAAAUGCAGUCUAAAAAGCGGUCUUGCUGU